AUGGCCGCUUCUGCUGUAUUCACGGAUGAUCUUCUUACAAAUAUCGAUAGCCAACAACUUGAAAUUUUCUGUAUUAUCUGGCUAGAUGACAAUGCACAAGUCGGUGCUAAUCGAGAUACAGAACAAGGUCUGCGUUCGAUUAUUAAUCGUCUCAAGCGGUUUAAAGAUGUAGAUCGAUGUGAAAAAUAUAUUAAUGAACGAAUGCCAGAAGAUCGACUAAUACUUAUUGUUAGCGGUCAGUUAGGACGAAAGAUUGUUCCUACAAUUCACAUAGUUCGACAAGUUAUAUCAAUUUAUGUGUACUGCAUGGAUGAGGCAAGUAACAGAGAAUGGUCUAAGAAAUAUCCAAAGGUCAAAGCUGUUGUAACUGAACUCGAUAAACUCGUUUCUCGAAUUAAAAGCGACCAUAAAGUCCAACAAAUUAUUGAACAACCAUUAUCAAUUAAUAUUUUUACCUCAGGAAAAUCAACAGGCGAUGUAGAUGGUAAAUUUGUUUUCUCACAAGUUCUUAUCGAUUGUCUUCUACGACUUAAAUCGAACCAAGACGAUACAAAUGAACUUAUUAAACAUUGUAGAAAAGUAUAUGAAGGUAAUAAAUUUGAAUUAAAUAAUAUUCGUGAAUUUCAAAAAGAAUAUUCACCUGACAAAGCUGUACGGUGGUACACACGAGAUACUUUCUUUUUCAAAACUCUUAAUGCCGUGCUACGUACAGAAAGUAUUCAUAUGAUAUUUUUAUUUCGUGCAUAUAUCGCAGAUAUUCAGCGUCAAUUGAAAACUCAUCAACUUAAGGAAUCUCUACGUGUUUAUCGCGGGCAAUUAAUAUCAAAUGAUGAGUUGAAAACUUUACAAAAAUCUUGUGGACAGUUUAUUUCCGUAAAUUCAUUCUUUUCUACCAGCACUGAAGUUGAACAAGCUCGUUUUUUUCUCAACGCUGCUGAUAAACCCGAGAAUUUGGAACGAGCAUUGUUUGAAAUAGUUGCUGAUCCUAAAUCAACUAGUACGAAACCAUUCGCUGACAUUAGUUCGUUAAGUGAAUUUGAGGGUGAAUCAGAAAUACUCUUCAUGAUAGGUUCGAUUUUUCGUUUGAACAGCGUCAAUCGCAGUAGUGAUGGUAAACUAUGGAUUAUUCGAAUGACAUUGUGCAGUGAGAAUGAUAGUGAUUUAAAAACUGUUCUCGUGCAUAUGAAAAAGCAACUUGGUAGUGGUGAAACAAAUCUUCGAACAUUAGGAAAAGUAUUAUGGAAAAUGGGAAAACUUGGUUUAGCUGAGUUCUAUUUGAAUCGUUUAUUGAAUGACCUUCCACCCAAACAUCCUUUACUUGGCGAUUUAUACGAAGAUCUUGGAGAAAUCGCAGCACUCGCUGGUGACUAUGACAAAAGCGUUCAGUAUCAACAAAAAUCAUUGGAAUACAAAGAUCCAAGAGAAUUAAUUGAUACAAUCCAUACGGAUGACAGUCGUAAGCAGGCUGGUAAGUAA